AUGGAUCAACAGCAAAAAAUAAUUGAAAUAUUACAAAUGAAUCAUAACAAAAUAUCUUAUUACAAAAAGAUAAUAACAAGUCUAGAAUUUACAUUAGAACUUGAAGAGACUGAACAACAUCAAUCUUACCAAGAAAUACUUCAAAUAUUAAUUGAAGAAGAAUCAACUUCACAAGAGUUGAUAAAAACGAUCAAAGAAAUACAACAAAGUUCUGAAGAAAGAUUUGAACAAACUUUAGAAUUGGCAAAGAAAAUUGCACUCAAGAAA